AUGAAUCAAAAUAUCAUCUUAUUAUUUAUAUCCAUUAUAAUCUAUUAUCAUUUAUUUGUUGAUUUCACUUAUGGUAUAAAUAGUCAUAUAUGCAGUAAAUACAAUGGACAACCGGUAUGUUGUCCAGGUUGGAGAAAUGGUAUUGGAGCACCAUGUAUAAUACCUGUUUGUGCCGGUAAUUGUGGUGAACGUGGUGAAUGUAUCAAACCAAACACUUGUAUUUGUUCUGAUCGACGUCUUCGUUUCAGUUGUAAAGAAGAGGAUAUCGAUGAAGAAUCAGAUACAAUGCAACUUGAUCAAGCUGAAAAUCAAUGUCCGGAUAAUUGUAAUGAACAUGGAACAUGUGAAAAUGGAGCAUGUAUUUGUCGAACAGGAUAUAGUGGAUUAAAAUGUGAAAUUAAACUAACAGGUGCUUGUUACAUAACAUUGAAACGUGGAUUAUGUGUUAAUCCAAUGCAAUAUAGAAUAUCUCAAUAUGACUAUGAAGCUAUUCCAUUAACUCAUGAAGUAUGUUGUAAUGCAUUAGGAAUUGCAUGGGGUGAACCAUGUCAAAUUUGUCAAAGUACACAUUGUGGAAAAGGAUAUGAACAAAUUGAUGGAGUAUGUAAAGAUAUUAAUGAAUGUGAAGUGGAUGGAGUUUGUCAACGAGGUCAGUGUAUCAAUGAAGAAGGAUCAUACAAAUGUAAUUGCCCAGAAAAUACACAUUUUGAUAAAUCAACAUUAGAUUGUGUUUACACAUUAAAAAUGCCAUGUGAGUUAGAUCCUCACAGAUGUCAUAAUGGAGGAAAAUGUAUAGAUCUACCAAGUGGUGAUUACAAGUGUAUAUGUCCGUGGGGAACUAGAACUUCACAAGAUAGAAAAUCCUGCAUAGAAGAUAAAGAACUUCAUUUUGAUAUAUGUCAAUUAUAUAAAUCAUCUGUCUGUAAAAAUGGUCAAUGUAUACCACGUGGUAACACAUAUGAAUGUAUAUGUAAUGAAGGUUUUGAGCCGUCAGAAGAUCGUAAAACAUGUCAAUAUAAAGUUGAUAUUUGUUCUGUACAUCGAGGAUAUUUAUGUACUAAUGGACAUUGUAUACCAGCUGGUCGUGAUUUCUUUUGUGAAUGUAAUCCUGGUUUUACUUUAUCCUAUGAUCGUAGAAGAUGUAUGAGUAAAUGUGAAGAAUUAGGACCAAGUAUUUGUCCAAAUGGUUAUUGUAUUGCUUUGUCAAAUGGUGAUUAUGAAUGUCAAUGUGAAAUAGGUUAUCAAAGUACACCGGAUCAUAAAAAAUGUAUCAUGCAAAUGGAAGAACCUAAUUCGAAUGCACAUUUUACAAAAUCUGUUCAAUAUUACAAAAAUAGUUACUAUGGUAAUAAAGAAAAUGAACCUUAUCAAAAUUCAAUAGAAAUGAAUAAACCACAAAUUGAUUAUUCUGAAGUUGAUGAUGAAAAGUCUUAUAACUGGUGGCAAAGUGACAGUUUAUCAAAGAAACAACAUAAAUCCUAUUCACAGUAUAAACAACAAGACUCAUCAGAUGUAAUAUAUAAAAAACCUAAACUAUUGCAUUUACGUGGAACAAGUCUUCGAUCAACACCAUGUGGUCAAGAUGAUAUUGUAAAGAAAUGCAAUGGAGGAAUUUGUUUAAAUCUUGGUGGUGAUGGAUAUAUUUGUGAAUGUCUACCUGGAUAUUUAGCAAUCAAUGGAGGGCGAACUUGUGUAAAACAUAAAGAAGGAGCAGAUAAUGUAUUGCAAAAUGAUGAAAGUGUUGAAGAUAUCAGAAAAUCUUUUCAUCCAGUAAACAGUAAACAAUAUAAUUAUAUAAACCAUUUUAAGAAAGAUUCCAAUACACAAUUAUAUAAAUAUAAAUCACCAUGUAGUCGAAAUGAUGUGCUAAACAAAUGUGAAUGGGGUACCUGUUUGAAUCUUGGUAGAAAUUCCUAUAAAUGUGAUUGUUUACCAGAAUAUCAAUUUACACAAACAGAAGGUUGUAUUCGUAAGAUUCAUAAAGAUUCUUCACAAUUACAAAAUAAAUCAACAUCAAUACAUAAUACAACAAUUUUUUAA